UCUAAGGCCCCCGUAAUUUUCUCACAUUCUUCCGCUCACGCACUUUGCAAUUCCUCAAGGAACGUACAGGAUUCAAUGCUGAAAAAAUUGCGGCCAAUAAUGGAAUUGUCAUGGUCAACUUCUAUUCAAAAUUUUUGACUUGCAAGGAUGAAUCCACCGUCGACGAUGCCGUCGCUCACAUCAACCAUAUACGACAAGUGGCUGGAGUGGACCACGUCGGGCUGGGAGCAGGUUAUGACGGCAUUAACUUCACUCCUGUUGGACUCCAGGAUGUAUCAUCUUAUCCAUUAUUAUUUGCCGAAUUAUUGGGAGCAGGCUGGACGGAUCACGAACUUACAAAACUUGCUGGAGAAAAUUUUCUACGUGUUAUGAGUCAAGUCGAAAAAGUGCGCGACGAACAACGAAAAUCUGGCGUCAGUCCUUACGAAGAACUGAUUCAGCAAAGAGCAGAAGAGCAAUAUAACUGCUCCAGAUCGUAAGAUUAGGUAACGAUAGAUAAAUUAAUUAUGUUAGAAAAUUUUAUAAUGAAAAUUUUAUAUAUCUAAUGCAUAUAUUAUCUAAUGACCAAGUUUUAUAUGAUAUUUGAUACACAUUAUAUUAUAUAUAGCUUGUAAUUUACCU